CUCUCUCUCUGUGCCCCCCAGAUGCCGAUUCUGAAGCAGUCCCCCAUUUCCCAGUCGAAGAAGAGGCCCCGCAUCGGCCGGGACAUGAUCAGCGCCCCGCUGGGGGAUUUCCGGCACACCAUGCACGUCGGCCGGGGCGGGGACGUCUUCGGGGACACCUCCUUUCUCAGCAACCAUGGGGGCCCCAAGGCCAACGGGCUGCCCCCCGCCACCGAGGCCCUGGCGCCGGCCCAGUCCCCCAGCCGCCUCUCGGGGUCCUCCGGCAGCCCGGCUGAUUUGGGGGGCAGCCCCAGCGCCCUGGAUUUGCCCCCCGCUGGCUGGGAGGGGGAACUGCAACACGCCGAGUCCCUGUUCUCCUUCGAGUUGGAUCUGGGGCCGUCCAUUCUGGAUGAGGUGUUGGGGGUCAUGGACAAGGGCGGGGAGCAGCCCCGGAGUGAGGACGUCAGGGCGGAGAGGCCGGUGGGGGGACAGGGGCUGGGCCACGGGGCGGCUCCCCAGGAAGGCACCGGGCAUGGAUACACAUUUGACGAUGAGCUGGAUGACGAGAUUGGGCUAUAGGAGAGGGGGUUCAGCUCCCCUCCCAUCCCUCCAUUC